AUGGCAGAUCAGAUGCCUGGAGCCGAGGAGUCGGUUCUUCUGCAUCCAAAGGUGAUCUGCACCGGCUCCGAAGCGCUCUGUGCUUUGAGCAACUAUUUGAUCACCACCUCGUUGGGAGGCCUCUCGGGCAUCAAGGGAACCAUUCCCAUUUUGAUGGUGGCCAUCGGUUCCCGAAUCAGCGAUCGCUGCCCCCUCCACUUAGAAGAUACCUGGCUGGAGAGCUGGGUCAGUAUUGGUAUGUUAUCAGCUUUACUGCUCCUGGAAAUUCUGGCAGAUUGUAUCCCAGCACUAGCCUCGUGCUCCGACAGCCUCAUGCUGCUGAUUAAGCCUCUUUUGAGCGUCGCGCUGGCGCUCUCGCCCAGUUAUGGGAACCUUUAUGGAAUCAGUUCUUUCGUUGGCUGGCUAGCGGCCUUCUCAUCAGCCCUAUUGGCCAUCCUGGUGGCCUUCAUGAAGGCUGCCUGGACCUUGGCCUGCGACGCUGGCUCUGCGGGUCUUUGCAGCCAAGUGAGGAGUGCCACGGAGAGCUUAGUUACAGGUUUGCUGGCCUUCGUGGUCUUUCUGGUGGGGCUAGUGGCCGCAGCCGUUGUCUUGGCAGUGUCACAGUUCCUAGCACGCCGCUGGCUGAAAUCCCAAGAAAACCUGACGUCAGACUCAAGUGAAAGUGAUGGCAGUGAUUCCAACGCGUGA